AUGAAAAACAGAAACCUCCUCAAGUCAUCAAAUGUAUUAUCAAACCAUGAGGAAAAACUUAAAAGAUGGAAAGAACACUUUCAAGAAGUCUUGAAUAGACCUGAACCAGAAAUAGCACUUAACAUCAAUUUAAACUAUGGAAUUGAGGAAAAAGAGAUAGAUUCUGGUCCAAUCAGAAAAGAGCAAAUUACAAAAGCUUUGAAAAGAUUAAAAAAUGGGAAGUCAGGAGGCAUAGAUGGCAUAACAGAUUUUGAAAAAGCGUUUGAUUCCAUACACAGGGAAAGCUUAUGGUCCAGAUUAAAAGCUUACCACAUCCCAGACAAACUCAUCACAGUAAUAAAACUCUUUUACGAUUCAUUUGAGUGUGAAGUCAUAGAUGAAGGAAUACAAUCAGAAUGGUUCAAAGCAAAAACAGGAGUAAAACAAGGAUGCAUGAUGUCUGGCUUCUUAUUUCUGUUAGCCAUUGACUAUGUCAUGAAGAAAACAAUAAAAGAUCAAGAAACAGGAAUUAGAUGGAAAUUUACCACCAAACUAGAAGACCUUGAUUUUGCGGAUGACCUAGCAUUACUAUCUUCCAAAUUUCAACAUACAUGUAUACAGUUAAAAACAAGUAAACUUCAAGAAAAUGCCAGCAAAAUAGGACUAAAGAUAAACGCAUCCAAAACAAACGUAAUGCGGAUGAACACCACAAAUAACAACCCAGUGAAGUUAAAUGAGAAAGACCUAGAGGAUGUCGAUACUUUCACUUACAUAGGAGGAAUAGUUACAACAAAAGGUGGCUGUGACAAUGAUAUGGACAACAGGUUCAAGAAAGCUAAUGGCCAUUUCAGCAGGUUAAGGAAAAUAUGGAGAUCAUCGGUACUGUCUUUUAAAACAAAGGUCAGAUUAUUUAACAGCUUAGUCAUAUCAGUCCUACUGUAUGGAUGUGAAACCUGGGAAAUAACUGAACAAGACAAAAAGAAAUUAAACACCUUUCAAAAUAGAUGUCUGAGAGAGAUAUUGAAAAUAAGAUGGCAAAUACAAUUUCAAAUGAAAACCUCCACAUAA